AUGCAGCAAUUGGCCGACCGCUUCGAGACAGGCUACCAGCACUUGAGGCGCGCACUGGCGCGCGCGCUGGGGCACGCGGCCCCGGUUCCGAGUUCGUCGUCUGGAAGGAAGCCGGAGAGACCAUUCAAGUGGAUCCAGGAGGAGCUCGGGGGCGUGCCGGAGGUUUUCCCGGCGAUAGUCCUCGGCUGGCUGAUGUUGGUGCGAUCGGGCCUUGACUCGCGCGAGCGCGCGGCGAUCGUGACCGCCGCCGGGGGCUCGCUGGACGUCAGCCUGAUCCGUGAGAAGCUGAUCUCGAGCUGGGAGGACGACGACUUGGCGGAGAGAGACGGGCAAUCCAUGUUCCCGAGGGCGUACGUGGCCCAGCUCGAAGAGGACGAUCGCACGUGGCUAGACUGCGAGGAGGGCGGACCAAUUGCGAGCAGCUUCGCAGCUGGCCGUGAGCAUCAGGAGCCGCGCGAGGAGGAGCCCGACCAGACGGAGGCCAACGACGAGGACAUCGAGGCGUACUUGGUAGAGCAGUACGAGGAGGCGGAGGCGCUAGCGGCGAUUCACGCCGCCCAGCGCACCCUUCGCCAGGUCCGCGAGGCGCGGGCGGACAGCCGCCUGAGCAGGGGCUUCUACCGCGGAGGCCGGCCCGGGGGCAAGGGGGCUGGCCGAGGAUUUCCAGCGGGACCCUGUCGGCCGAUGCCUCCCCAGUGCGGCGCCAGGGGCCAGAUGUUGCCGCCGAGCAAGGGCCGGAAGAAGUGUGCGAAGUGCGGCGGCGCGCGCUGGGCGCAGGACUGCCAGGAUCGCCGCGGCCCCCGGCUCACGCCAGGGGCGACGGGCCCGCCAGAGGCGAGCGCGAAGGUGGCGAAUUGCAGGAAGGAGCUGAAGUUCAACCUGGUGGCGUCGCUGGUCGCCGAGCAGAAGUCUGGGGACUCGAAGUGCGAGGCGAUGUUCGCGGACCAGGUCAUCCAGGGAAUUGUCGACCUUGGCUGCGCAGACGCCAUGGGCGGCGAGCGUGCGCUCGACAUCGUGGCCCGCAUGAACAUGGAGAAGUACGGCGACGCGAGGCUGCGGGAGGCGAAUCUGGACUACCAGCCGGUCUAUGGCUUCGGGAAUGGCGGGAAGGAGCGCGCCUACGGCCAGGUGAAAUUCGGCAUCGCCGGCGGCGGCAUGGAGGGCGACAUCGCCAUCGACGGUUUCGCGAAGGACGUCCCGAUCCUCGUGUCCAAGAAGGUGCUGAAGAAGCUGGGAGCCGUCGUCGACUGUGACACUGGAGUCGCAGUGUUCGUGAAGCUGGCCCCGGGGAUCCCGGCCCAGCUGGAAGAGUCACCAGACGGCGGCCGCUGCUACAUGAGCCUGGUGGGCGACCUGCUCGAGCAGAGUGUCCAGGACCUGGCCGAGCUGCAGAACUUCAAGACGAUCUGCAACCACCUCUCUGAAUGGAGCAGGGCGAGCGCAGCCGCGUGCCAGGGCUCAGACGUCGGCGCAGACGAGCGCGCAGAGCGAGCCGUCGAUGGUAGAGCGAUGCGCUGGGGCAGCCUCGUCCGCGAGGCCGUGCAACUCGCCUGCAUCGGGGCUGCCAGCCGGAGUUGCCCACCCUACAGCCGGGCCUGGAGCGUGGACGAGCUGAAGCAGAUCCCCAAGGAUAAUAUGUUCCCGAAGGCGGAGACGGCCGCGCAGAUCGAGAUGAAGGGCCUCGACUCGAUGAAGAAGGCCCAGCUGCUCGCGAAGGCGACGCAGGUCGGAGCCCACGCAACGCCGGGCGUGACCUACCCUUCGCUCAAGCUCUCGAUCCGCAAGGCGAUCCUCCAGAGGCACGCGCCGGAGCCGACCGACUACAUGGGCUUCGGGAAGCACGGCGCCCUGACGUACCAGCAGGUUCUGAGCCAGCACCCCACCUGCGCGACCUGGUGCAAGACGGAGGUGAACGCUGGGAGCAGCUGGGAGAUGGCCAGGUUUGUCUCAUGGCUCAACGAGCAGGAGGUGGUCCGCGCGAGGACGAUGGACGUGAUUAUGGAAGACCAGCUCGAGGAGCAGGAGAAGCUGGAGGCCGCAGCCCAGGAGGAGAAUAACACCAACUAG